AAUGUCGAAUAGAAAAGAAGAACGGAUGAAAAACACCGCGCAAAUGCCGCCUAAACGCCUUUUGUUUACAGUUGAUGAAAGGAAAUUGGAGUGUAGAAUUUGUCUUGACUCCUGGCUGAAAAGAGAACCGAAAGUAUUGUCUUGCCAGCAUACUUUUUGCCGUGAAUGUUUGGAGAGCUUGGGUGGUCAGUUUUACCUGACUUGCCCUCUUUGUCGAGCUUCUUCUUAUCUGCCGACGGCAAGUGUUGAUAAUUUACCUGAUCAUUUCCUCUCUAAAUCAUUAAUUAAAUUUCCGAGAGAGGAGAAAGCUCAGAUUAAAUGCGAAAAACAUAAGGAAGCGGUAAUUUUUCCCAAUUUGGUAUGUGUAACGUGUAAGGUAAAAGUUUAUUGCUGCUCGUGUAUUGACAAUGAUCACUCGAGUACAAAAUGUAAGAUAAGAUCGUUCGAAAACCUUAAUAUGGAAAUGAAAGAGAAAAGAAAAAAUUAUCAUUAUAAUUUCAAAGUCAAUACUAUGCUCCUUCGAGGAAAUUUGAGAGAGACGAGAGAAGAUGUUGCUAGAAUUCAUAGUUCUUGGUCUAAGCAGAUUGAUAAAAUGUUUAAGAGUAUCAGCGAUAAAGUAGACGAAUUUGAACAAGUUAAAUUAACUUCAAUUGAUAAUUUACUAAAGAAAAUUGAUAACGUUUUCUUUGAUGAAGAAGAAAUACAAAACGAGAUUCAAGAGACUACGAAAACUACUCUAAGAAUAAAGAAACCUCAGGUUAUGCUAAAUUUAAAUCUUGUCUCGCAAAUCUUUUCCGGAAGUCCAAGUUUAAAUGGAAUGAGAAUCAACAUUAGCCCACGAAAAGGAACUCAAUCUUAUCAAUUAUAA